AAGAACAAGAAUGAUAAGUCAGGUUUCAAUCAUGUCAAGCGGUGAUGACAAAUCAACCACUAGAAGACACCAUGUGGAUGAAUCUCUCAUGCUCAAAGCAAUGCAACAACAAUUUCAGAGGUUGGACAUCAUGUUUGGUGAGAUUAGAGACAAAAUGCAGAAGCAAGAUGCAGCUAUAGCCAAUUUAUACCACAUACAAAAUGGAAGUCCGAAUUUGUGUAGGAAUGAUGCUAAUGAUGAUCUCAAUGACGAUUAUGAAGAUGCAUUCAACAAUGAUGCCCAAAACUCAAAUUUCAGCAUGGACAGAUUUAUGAGACGUAGAGGGGGUCAAAAAGGCAAAAAUGAUCCAGAUGUGUAUUUGGACUGGGAAAAGAAGGUGGAAUUGGUGUUUGAUUGCCAUAACUAUUCUGAGGAGAAAAAGGUGAAACUAGCAGCGGUGGAAUUUACUUAUUACGCUGUGAUGUGGUGGGAUCAGCUUGUGCUUAGUCGACAUAGAAAUCGAGAGCGUCCUGUUGACACUUGGGAGGAGAUGAAUGCUGGCCUUACUCAAGGGUCCAAAAGCGUUGAGGAUUAUCACAAAGAGAUGGAAAUCGCAAUGGUUAGAGUGAAUGUGGAAGAGGACAGAGAAGCAGCUAUGGCAUGGUUUCUGCAUGGCUUAAAUCAUGAUAUAACUAAUGUGGUGGAGCUGCAGCAUUAUGUGGAAUUAGAAGAUAUGGUGCAUAUGGCGAUGAAAGUAGAAUGGCAACUCAAGUGUAAAGGAGCCACCACCAGAACUAGGCAAAAUUCAGGUUCCUCAUCUUCUUGGAGACUGAAUUGGAUCAAAAAGGAAGAAAAUUCUGCUUUUAAGCCUAAAAUUCCAACAUCUAAGUCAAAAGAAGUUGGCAACAAUGAGAAGACUAAAACAGAUAAUACGCAAGGCAGAAACCGAGACGUCAAAUGUUUUCAAUGCUUGGGAAGGGGGCAUGUUGCAUCGCAAUGUCCUAAUAAGCACACAAUGAUCUUGAGCGAAGAUGAAGAAAUUGAAACCGAGGGUGAAUCUGAUGAUGAAUCUAUGCCACUAUUAGAACAUGCUAAUAAUGGUGUGGAAUAUGCCGUUGAUGGAGAAUUGCUCCUCACCAGGCGAGUUUUGAAUGUGCAAGCCAAAGAAGAUGAUAAAGUACAACGUGACAAUAUAUUUCACACGAGGUGCCAUGUCGAAAACAAGAAUUGUGAGAUUGACACAAACUGUGUAAUUUAGCAUAAAUGACCUCAAUUAAGCUUCUCUUGAACCUGAAUGAUGUUUAUCAUGCCUUGAUAAUCAUCCAAGCUUCGAUUUGCUUGUUGUAUGUUGUUUUCAACCCACAUCUGCUCAAUAAGGCCAUUUAAAGCUUCACGCAUCUUCUUAGCUCUAGCUCGCAUGACUGGACCUCCUUGGGUGUGUAGUGGAUCACAUGACGUGGUAGAUAUGCUGUCGUCU